AUGGGUGGUUGGAAACAAUACGCAUCCACACACCAAGCAGGAUCAUCAGAAACAGAAUGCGCCGACAAUGAAUCUCGAGAUGUUCAUGGUUGGUUCUGGCACUUCUUUGAUAUUCUGAUUAAUCACAUAGCUACAGCUGUUCCACCUGUAAUAGUAGCUACCCUCAAACAUAAAGGUUAUGGUCCAUUUGUAUUCUUGGGUAAUUGGGGUGGAAGUCAUACAUGGUGGAUAUCGCCUCCUACAUCAGAUCCUAUUACCAAAGCCACCCUUGACCUCACAAAUCUUGAAAAUAGUCAUACUCUAACACUGAGAGGUGGUGGCGCUCCUGUCCAAACAGUCAAAUAUACUGUCCCAAGUGAUCAAACAGGUAAAAUCGAUAGUAUCAAAAGUCAAGCUAGUGAUGUCAAAAUCAACCUCAAUCUAAAACUCGCCCAAGUUACCCUCACACAAACACUCACACAAGGUACUAAUACUCUCAAGGCAACUGGUUCAAUAACUACCACCAAGACCGUCACCAGAGGUAGUCAUGAUACUCUAGAACAAGCUCUCGCAACCUCUCAUAAUCUAGAAUUCACCAGCACCAGUGGUCUCACUCAAACAAAUUUUGGUACUGGCGAUACUGUAAUUAUUGGUCCCAAUGAAGCUAUAUAUAAUAAACUAGAACUCAAAGCCGGUGCAGGUUCUGAUGGUAAACCUACCAACCUCAAAUUAGAACUCAAGCCUGGAACCAAAUCCAGUGGGAGUGGCGGUGAAGUUACUAAUGACCAACUGACCCUCGACAGCAUCAACAGUACUCUCACCCUGACUGGUGGUAUCGAAGGAUCUCUCACAUAUGAUAGUGUCGAGGGUACUCUAACCGCCAGGAUCACUGGUGUAAAAUAUAACCUCAAUGACUUCCAUUAUACAUCCGAAACUCCACAUCCUGCGUAUUGCUGUAUUGGUGGAAAUCUAGUUAAGUGGCAACCUGGUAAUCCUGGGAUGUUUGCUUGGCACUUAUAUAUGGUUUGGACCUGUGCACACAUACUACCUCCUGACGAAGAGGCUAAAGCAACAAAUAUCAACAGCAGCGGCCAAAGCCCUCAAGGUCGUUCAACCUCUGGUACCAUAUUCAGUGGUCUCACUCAAGGUAAAGGUCCUGAGGCCCAGAUACUAUGGCAUAUCAAGCCUCCUGAUAAGAUUGAUGAUUCCCCAAACGCAGCCAUCGUUUCUCCCGCACUCAUGAUAGUUGUAGGUAUGGGACUAGUCUAUGCUAUAUAUCCUGGAAUAGCAACUGGUACAGAUGAUCUUUCUGGACUCCGACAAAAGGCCCAGACACUAUAUGAUAAUGCCGAAUCACUAUACAGUGCACUAGAUAAACUAACUGGUGAUGAUGUUGCUGUUCAAGCUGCUAGAGAUCUUGUCAAAAAACUGAAAGAUGCCGCCAGUAAUUCUAGUGGUGAUAGAGGUCUUAAAGAGUUACUCGGAGAACUUAGUAGUGCUGAAGGGUUUUCACAAAUAUUUGAAAAGGCCCAAUUGGUCCAGCAGAAGUAUGAAGAUGUUGAACGAAAAUACAAAGAAGUGGCAACAGAUGAACAAGCAAAAAAGCAGACACAACAAUAUGGCCAUGUUACAAAGCCAUUCAAUGCACUUCAGAGUGAGUUUAACAAGGGCUACACCCGGGAUAACGAAGGUAAUUCUAAGUUUAUCAAGUUCCUGGUAAUUACAGAACCAUCCAUUAUUGCUCAAUGGUUAAAUUUUCUCACCUAUGUAAUAUUAUUGUUUGUAUGUCACUAG